CGACCGACGAUGACUUAGCUGUGCACACGUCGUAAGCGAACAUCGCACUUAGUCUGGCUAGGGCGAGCGCAUCUGCUCCUCGCGUUUUAUUAAACACUCGAUUAAAAAUGAAGUUCUAUUUACUAGUGUUUGUUGUAACCGUUCUGAACGUGCAGUGUAGAGCUAGUUUGUUAAAAGGUUUCUUGGGUGGAGCUGUAGAAGUCAAUUCUCAAAUCCAUAAUGCUGCGCAUGGCGUUGCUGAUGCCAUUUUGGGGGGAGUUUCUCAAGUUCUGCACCAUAAUCACAGACCGCCGCAUCGACAUGAGAAACCUGAGACCGUAGUAGUGGUGGUGGAAGAGGGACCCGACGACGACCCGCCUGGCCCAGGAUACGGACGACCCACUCAAAAUGGGUACGAUGCUCCAGUGUACGACAACCGUCCUCCGAAUAAACCUGGACCUCCUCAGCAGCAGGGACAUUAUGGCAACCAAGGUCAGAAUUUCAAUCAAAACGGUAACUGGAAUCAUAAUAACCAAUAUGGAAACCCUGGUAACCAAUAUGGAAACCCUGGUAACCAAUAUGGAAAUCCUGGUAACCACUAUGGAAAACCAAACAACCAAUACGGAAAUUCUGGCAACCAGUAUGGAAAGCCCAACAACCAGUACGGAAACCCUAACCAGUACGGCAACAACAAUAACCCGUACAACCAACCACCCAAUCAACAAGACCAUGGUAAUAACGGGAAUAAACCAAAUAAUCAGUAUGGAAACCAGAACAGCCAAUACGGAAAACCAAACAGACCGUACGGAACUCCUAACAACCAAUACGGGAAUAACAAUAACAACUACGGCAACACCAACAAUCAAAAUGAAUUUCCCAACAACCAAAAUGGAAACCAAAACGGAAACUUCAACAACCAAUUUGGAAAUCCUGGCAACCAGGAUGGUAACUUCAAUGACCAAUUCGGAAAGCCUAAUCAAGGGAGUGGGUACAACGAUCGACCAGUUUCUGAGAAACCGAACCAAGGAGGAUAUCAAGACCAGAGCAGUUACAAACCCGAGGUAACCAAGCCUACCACAAAACGACCAACAGGCAGUUAUGGAUACAGCAACCAGAACUCAAACAACAAUGGCGCUGAUUUCGAUGAAAAUAGCCCAGAACUGUCCACGAAGAAACCCAUAAAAGAUGAUGAGUAUCCCCUAUUUGUGCCACUUGGACCUAACGACUAUGUAUACGGCGGUGACAAAAUACAAGUCAAUGCCCCCAAAAGAGAAACAGAUAACAGUAAACCAACCGAUGAAGACGAAGAUCUGCCUUUAGAUGUAAGGAUAAAGAACCCAUAAACUUAGAAAUAGUUUUUAGAUAUACUUAAGUCUUUUUUAUAUUUAUUUUAUUGAGGACAACAAACAGCUGUACCUAUAUUAAACAUAACAUAACACAUGAAUGAAGUAAAUUGAUUUAACAAAUACACUACUCAGAACGUUGUCACAGAUUACCAUACACAUGCUUAGCAAUAAGUCAAAGUGUUUACUCAAAUAAAAAAAUAUAUGUGAAUUAUUUUAAAA